CCUUCUUCAAGGCAAGCUCAGAGCACCAUGUCACCUGUGGGCCGCUGUUUGCAUGUGCGAGGUGUGGUGGGAGGGACGAUUGCUGAAAUUUGUUGGGGCUGAUCGCCCUGGACGUGAGGGAGCAACACAAUGCUGGCCGCCGGCCGCCACCGAGCGGGGCCCUUGCAGGCACUGGUCGCUUCGCUGGAAAGUACCGUGAAUCAUCUUCAUGGCUCCUCUGUGAGGGAGGCGACUCCUAAGUUUCCCCAGCCCUUACUUUACCAAGCUCCAAGCUCCACCACCCAGCCAUCAAUCAGUUUACGUUGGGACUUUGAGGGGGUUGCAACUCUUGAUUCACCCUUGAAACGGGUUGCUGGUCAGCGGGGUUUCUGGGGUCGUGCCCUGCCUUCUUUUUCUGAGCAGAAGCCUUUGGGGGAUCUUGGUCCGUAUCCCCCUAUUGAAUUCACCACAAAUGACAAAGCAACGAGCUCUGGAUCACUGGGUGGAUCAGAUCGCAGCCGCAUACAUGCUGACAUCAGCGGCCAGCUGCCUUAUGCUGAGGCGCUGUGGGAGCACAUCAGCGGCUUGGGGAAAGUGCCGGAGCCGAUUGCCGCCAGGGGGAACGUUGCAGUUGGUAAUGGUGCCCCCCAGAGCAGCAGCUUUGCGCAGGAGCUGUGGCGCCACAUCGCUGGCCUUGGGAGAGAAACGCCCCCCCCUCCGGUGGAAGUCAGCGUGGACGACCUCUUGAAACCCCUGCACCGAAAGGCGCGGGGGGCGGCGGGGUUGUCUCGGAAGCAGCGCGGGUACCCCAAGAGAAUGACCCCGACUCUACAGAUCUUUCUGCAAGACGGGACGAACAUUUUCGAUGGGACGGGGGGGUCCGGCGGGGGCACGUUUCACUACUCGGGCGAUGGGGGGGGUGACAUGGGGAGUUCGGGGGCGUUGGUGGUCACGCAACCGAGGCCGGAGAGCGUGAAGAAAGUGCUAGUGGUUCCGAUGCCACGGAAGCCGCUGAUGCCAGGGCAAAUGAUGCCGGUCCACAUACAGAACCCAAAGCUCAUGCAGCUAAUCCAGAAGCAGCGGGAGCAAGGCAUUCUGUACGUUGGCGCCUUUUUGAGGCGCGACGCUUUAAAUUCGCAAGCAGACCCGAACCGGUGGAAGGACGUCGACAAGCUCCCGGAGGUGUUCGACCAUGGGACGCUGGCGCAGAUCCACUGGGCGUUGCCUACCCAGGAGAACUCGAUCAUGUUACUGUUUGGACACAGGCGGCUCCGAAUGACGGGCCCAGUGGAGGGUGAGCGCUUCAGCGCGUACGUGGAGCACGUGCAGGACCAGCCGUACGAGAAGACCGACGUCGUCAAGGCGACGCAGCAUGAGGUCAUGCAGACGGUGAAAGAUCUGAUGGCGCUCAACCCGCUGUACCGAGAGGCUGCCAGCAUCCUCUACAACCAGCCCCAGGGUGAUCUGCAGAACCCGUCGCAGCUGGCCGACUUUGCCGCCGCCAACACGUCUUCGGAAGCAGAGUCGAUCCAGGCGGUCCUGGAAGAGUUGGACGUUCCGAAGCGGCUCGAGAUGGCGCUGCUCAUGCUCAAGAAGGAAUUGGAGCUCAGCAAAUUGCAGGCGGACAUUGGGAAGAAGGUGGAGGAGAAGAUCCAGGGCGACCAGCGGCGCUACUUUUUGCUGGAGCAGCUCAAGAGCAUCAAGAAGGAGCUGGGCAUUGAGCGCGACGACAAGACGGCGCUCAUCGCCAAGUUCGAGGAGAAGCUCGCGCCCUUCCGCGCCAGCUGCCCGCCGCAGGUGCUACAGGUGAUUGAGGAGGAGACGGAAAAGCUACAGGGCCUGGAGCCGAGCAGCUCCGAGUUCAACGUCACGCGCAACUACCUCGACUGGCUGACAUCAGUGCCCUGGGGGCACCACAGCAAGGAGAACUUCGACGUCCGGCAGGCGCAGCAGAUCCUGGACCAGGACCACUACGGCUUGACUGACGUCAAGGAGCGUAUUCUCGAGUUCAUCGCUGUGGGCAAACUGAGGGGGUCGUCUCAGGGCAAGAUCAUUUGCUUGUCGGGCCCUCCCGGGACGGGAAAGACCAGCAUCGGCCGCAGCAUCGCGCACGCGCUCAACAGGAAGUUCUAUCGCUUCAGCGUCGGGGGGCUGAGCGACGUGGCAGAGAUCAAGGGUCACCGGCGGACGUACGUGGGCGCUAUGCCGGGCAAGAUGGUGCAGUGCCUGAAGUCGGUCCAGACCGCCAACCCGCUGGUUCUGAUCGACGAAAUCGACAAGCUGGGGCGCGGCUACCAGGGGGAUCCCGCCAGCGCGCUGCUCGAGCUGCUGGACCCGGAGCAGAACAGCAACUUUUUGGACCACUACCUCGACGUGCCCGUCGACCUCUCCAAGGUGUUGUUCAUGUGUACGGCCAACGUGGUGGAGGACAUUCCCGGGCCGCUGCGAGACCGUAUGGAAGUCAUUCGCUUGGUGGGGUACAUUGCAGACGAGAAGAUGCACAUCGCACGCGACUACCUGGAGCCGACAGCGCAAAAGAACUCGGGAGUCAGGUCAACGGAGGCGGAGAUUGCGGAGGACGCCCUGCUGGAGCUCAUCGAGACGUACUGCCGAGAGGCCGGGGUGCGGAACCUUCAGAAACAGAUCGACAAAGUGUACAGAAAAAUCGCCCUCCGAAUCGUCCGGCAACGGCUGGCGCUCGAGAGCGCCACCCAAGACGCCCGGGACGCGUUCAAUAAGUCCUACGCCAAGCGGUUAUGGGACACAAUCUCCGCAAACCCCAAACCCCAAAAUACUAAAUCCGACGAACCCGAAAACCCUAAAACUACGGAGGCUCCUUCGGAGCACUUAGCAAGCCUCGAGAUCGAAAAGGGCACCGAGGACAAGAUGGUCGAGGACGCGGUUAAGGACGAGGAGGGCGCGUUUUCGGGGGAGAAAGUCGUGGUGACCAAGGAUAACCUGAGCGAGUUUGUCGGUAACCCGGUUUUCACGAGCGAGAAGCUGUACGACGCGACCCCGGUGGGAGUGGUUAUGGGCCUCGCGUGGACGGCGAUGGGGGGGUCUACGCUCUACGUUGAAACGAGCGUGAUCGAGACCGGGGAGAACAAGGGCGGCAUCACUGUGACGGGCCAGCUGGGUGACGUCAUGAAGGAGAGCACGUCGAUCGCGCUGACGGUCGCGCGCGGGCUCCUGCGGCGGUCGCACCCGGACAGCAACUUCUUCCGGGAUUCGCGGAUGCACUUGCACGUGCCCGCGGGCGCGACGCCUAAAGAUGGGCCCAGCGCGGGCUGCACCAUGAUCACGUCCAUGCUGUCGCUUGCGAUGGACAAGCCUGUCCGACCAAACCUCGCGAUGACUGGGGAGGUUACGCUCACGGGCCGUGUGCUCCCGAUCGGCGGGGUCAAGGAGAAAACAAUUGCGGCGCGGCGCAGCGGAGUGAGCCAGGUGAUCUUCCCGUUCGAGAACAAGCGGGACUACGACGAGCUGCCGACGCACGUGAAAGAGGGCCUCGACGUGCACUUUGUCAAGCACUACAGUGAAAUCUUUACGCUCGCUUUCGAGUACGACGGGGAGGGGCAGCGGCCCGCGCAAGGCAAAGACUCGACAGUGCGGCAGUUCGAGGUUGAGUCCUAGUUUGAGGUCGGAUGACGUGUACAGAUAUAGCAGUCUCACGAACCAUUGGGAUAACGAAGUGACUCCGCGAAAACACAUGAUGUGUCUUAAUUCUUGCAAACCACAUGCUGUUUCAAGCCUUAUCUAAG